CUGUCAUCAGUCAUCCUCAUAUAAAACUCUAAUGUGAGUGUGGAGUGCCGUAGUAAAGCGCGAGGACUAACUCAAAUUCUCAAUUCGAAGAAUUGAGCAGUUUGUUGUUGUGUUUUGUGAAUUUUGGUUUGGUUUUGUGACAGUUGGGCUAACAAUACUCGAAAUGAAUUCCUAUGCAGAUAAUAUCACAGCAAGCUUGGAAAACAGCAGAAACAGCCUUCGGCGCAUCGCCCGCAACGACGACACGGAAUUCUCGCACCAGAGCAUUUUGAACCUGAUGGAGAAGUUCGUGAAGACGGUGAACGCGAUGGACGAGACAAUCCUAGUGCCUUGCCGCCUGAUGGACCUGAAGGUGGGGGACGAGAACGACCCGACGUGUCCCAAAAAGCAUAACCAAAAGUCAAAACACGGUGUCCAAGAGCUGCUGAGUUCCGCCGAUCUGUUCCAAAUCUACAACAUGCUGAACAGCGUGAAGGCCGAUUUGCUGUGGGGACAAGGACAGGCGGCCGAGGAGGCUCCGGCUCCGGCCCCGGCGGCGACAGUGGUCAAGGGACACGUGCGAAGACCGUCGACUGUCAGCGUAGCCUCGACGAAUUCGUCGGCGUCGACGAUCAGCGACUCCGAGUCGGACGCCGGGAACGAGAACGACUCCGGAAUCGAGGAAUCGCAGGAGUGUUUCGGGGAUCGGACGGAACAAGUCGCGCAAAACUUCAGGAGGCAUCUGGUGGGACUCACCCGGUCGCUGAAACAGAUGACCGAAGCUGCCCAGUACCUCACUUCGCGUUAUCAGCACGAUAUCGGAGGGCCAGUGUGACAAAGACCUCUUCGAAGCUCGAGGGGGAGGGUGUGCGUGGGGGAUGCGUGAGUGGAUGCAUGGAUGCGUGGACUGUAUUUAAAAGAGUGAUAUUCUCAACGUUUGUGUUGCUCCUUGAUUGUUAUUAAUUAUUAUAUUUAUUUUAGUGAGAGUUACUUGUAUACCUCUGGAUAAGUAAAGGAAAUUAAAUACAUUAUUUAAUUUAAAAA